AUGUUCUUGAUCAAGUGUCGUGAUUAUGAUGCUCUUAUGACCAGAUUCGGUCGCAUUGUCUCAAUGCGUACUGCAUCUGCCUUCCAUACUCAAGCAGCCCAAAAGUCACAACAAGGUUACGAUCUCGCAAAACGAACAAUAAUGGCCGAUGUGACCGCUACCGAUAAAUCCAAGCCUUACUUCCCUCUUGCUGGCUCCGCCAGCGAUAGCUGGUCCACGAAAGAUGAAGCGACAGCUACUUGCUUCUGUGGUGCUGUCCAACUAGCCUUCCCAACCCAAGGCCCCGGCCUAAUCAAUACCUUCCUUUGCCACUGUCACGACUGUCGCAAGAUUACCGCCUCAAUGUUCGCAUCUAAUUUCACCAUCGCCGAUACACAUCUGAAGCACCUUCGUGGCCGCGAAAAUCUGAAAGUCUUCAGUCAAUCCCACACCAUCGCAUCAGGAAAUACCAUGGCAAAUCAUUUCUGUGGAACGUGCGGCACACUCAUGUAUCGCGUCAGUUCAGGGUUUCCGAGAGAAAAUAUCUUGAGGAUUGGUACUGUGGAUGAUUUUCAUUUGCAUGAGACGAGAUUGAGGCCUGGGAGAGAACAGUUUACGAAGGGAAGAGUGGAAUGGUUGAAGAUGGUGGAUGGAGUGAAGCAAUUUGAGGAGGGAGCUUUUGAGUAG